UCCUGUAAGAUUCUAAAUUAAUAUGUCACGUUAAGAGUUUUUAAACGAUAGAUCUAUAUACAUACAAUUUUAUAUACAAAGAUGUAAGUUGUCCUAAAUAAAGACUGUAUAUCAGCUUUAUUUUGCGAACACGAAAGUCUUAAAGGAAUAUCUUCUGUAGCCUAUCAGAAAGAAUAAUAUCAGUGUCGGACUGUGGAGCAAACUUCGAGCUGAUGACUUCGAAGUUCGAUACAGGAUCGCUUUCUCUUUUUUUCAAGAUGAUGGCUUAACUUAAUGAACAGCCUGAUGACGUGGCUAGCAGUGCACUCGUGAAGGGAUAAAUGUUCAGAUAGAAGAUGGAUCAGAAAUACAGAGCGAUACUGGAGAGGAACAGACAGAUUUUAGUGAGCAAUAUCAUUCCUUCAGACGAGUUUCUGGACCAGCUUCUCAAAGAAAAGGUUCUUCCAAUGGGAAUGAUCAGAGAUGUGAAGGAAGGCCAGACGCGGGAAGACAAGAACAAUCGUCUGCUAAAUGCGCUCCAGUUGAGAGCGUCGCACGCAUACAGGCGGUUCAGGAAUGUCCUCCUCGACACGGGGCAUUGCUUCCUCGCCGAUCUGCUCUGGGAUGACGAAACAAACAACAGCAAUCUCUCUGAAGGAUUAUUCACCAAGUUUCCUACAAUAUUUGAGAGAAUUCCGCAAGACGUCAAGAAGAGAUUUCUCCAAUAUUUGGAUUGUAAAGUUCGAGUAAAGAGUCUGCAAUUCUCGUGGGUGAACUCUUCUUCUCGAAGAAUUGAAUCGUUGUAUGCGCGGUCAGAAGAUAUCCGACAAGAAGGACAACUCCGGACCACCAUAGACGACCUUCAGAAAAAGGUUCGAGCGCUGGAACAAGAAAUAAAAAGUAAAGAUGGGAAGAUAAUGUAUCUGUCCAUUGAAGCGAAAAGCCUCGAAAAACAACUUCAGCAAACACGCCAGGAGCACAAGCAGGAACUGGAGAAGCAGAGGAACUUCAACCUGGCGAACAACAGCACCGUGGUGCGGCUGCGCGAGAGACUCGCCAUGUUCAACGGCGAUAUCGUCCGCAUGAACGAGAUGAUUCGAGAGGUCAUCGACGACACGCCAUGCAGCCACGACAGCGAUCCGGACCACGUGAAAGUGUCCACCUUGAAAAACAAUCUGAGCGAAGUCUUGCGAAAUAUCAGAGAUCGUGAAAACACCGUCGCAGUGGACGAGAGGAAGAAAAUACUGCACCUGCUCUGGCAGGGCGGUCCAUACGACGACACGGAUAACAUAUUGGAGGUGGUGAGGACGCAUGUUGAGAGGGAAGCGAAGCAGAGGGUUCGCUUCGUGAAAGAAGUGGAAAAGAUGCAGGAUUCGCUGAAGGGGAAGCCGGCGUCGGGGCGGCACCAGAGCGUCACCGACGGCAUCAGUCUGGACAACCGGUACGUGACCAACAUGCUGGCCACGAUUCGGGUGGAGGUGGAACAUCUGAACAAGAAACUCGCCUGGAAGGACUCGGAGAUCACCAAACUGACGACCGAGUUGGAGGCCCUGAGUCGAAACGGGGCGACAUCACAGGAACCAUCUUUGACGCAGGACCAGAAUUGGGAUCGCUGUUUCGAGAUGCCAGACCACCCUGAAGUAAACGGCGAGAAAUCGGUCAACAUCGACGAACAUUUGCAGCAGCAGCAGCAGCAGCAGCAGCAGAUUCGUUACAACAGCAAUGACACUUUGAUGAAUGUUCGCAAUUCGAGACCACAGCGUUUGAAAGGACAGCAGCUAGGGAAACGGAACAGACAGAAUGUUCCUCUGUCGAAGGCAAAGAGCUUUGACUAUCGCAAUUCGAGUAUGAUGAACAUGGAUAGCAGAUGAAUCUAUCAUAUAAUUUUUUAAUUUUUUGUGUUAUUUAAUAACAUAAAUAUUUGGCGAAC